UGGACCAGAGCCAGGCCAGCGAGUGAGCUGUGGGGCUGCCUACCUCACCACUCCCUGCACCUCCCUCUUUCUCACUCUGGCUCCAGGGAAGUGCUUCCUAUGGGUCAGGCAGGCUGGUGGCUGAACACACUUACAAGCUUCUGAGGGUCACUGGGUUGGCAUUUUGUGACCCUUCCCCAUUGCUGACCCUGUCUCUCAUCUGUGUGCCCAGGGCAUCUGGGGGCCCUGCCUAGCUGGCUCAAGGGGGCUGGGCGAAGGAUCUGUCAUGAACCUGGCCUCCAGGGGAUCUGAGACUGGGGUCCCAGCACAGCCCAGAAGCCUUUGACCACAGUGGGUAGGGUUGGUUGGGGCUGGAGCAGGGGUCACUGCAGGAUGGGAUGGUUGGAUGCUGUAUUUUCUAAAGAAUAAAAUAUUUUUAAAUCAAUAUCUAUGUCUGGUUCUAAGGGAAUGCUGCUAGCCCUUGGAAUUGGGUAGCCCUGUGCAAAUAGCUAACUGCCCUCUCAUAGGUCAGGAGAGAACGGUUGGUCUGCUACAUGGAGCCUCAGUGUUCCUGGCCACAAGGGUGUGGGAGAGGCUGUGUGUGUGAGGGCACAAGUCCUAAGGUUGAUGGGAUCCCCACCUGAGAGGCAGGCACAUCUCCACCACAAUAGGGGGAUUUUCUAGGUGUCUUUGUCUCCCGUAGUUGCUAUAACAAAUCACCACAAACUUGGUGGUUUUUUUGCCCCUAAGGGAGGUAGGAUGGCUACCGGAGAUGGGAGGCUGGCUCCCUGGUCCUAACCAGAUGUUUUCAUCAGCUUUUGUGUUGCUGGGACAAAAUACCCAAUAAGAACAACUUCACAGAGGAAGUGUUUAUUUUGACUCACGGUUUCAGAGGUCUUGGUUCACAGAUGACUGACUUCGUUGCUCCGGGUCGACGAUGAAGCAGAACAUCAUGGGGGAAGGACCUUACAGAGGACAGUUGUUCAGCUCACAGCUCAGUUGGGUUGGGAAGCAGAGAGAAGAAAAGGGAAGUGGCCGCAAGGAAGAUGCACUCUUCCAGGUGCCACCUAGUGACUGCCUCCUCUAGCCAUGCCCCAUCUACCUUUAGUUACCACCGAGUCAGCCUCAUUCAAACCAGGAUGGGCUCAUUAGGUUACAGUGCUCAUGAUCUAAUCACUCCACCUCUGAAUAGUCCUGCAUUAACACAGGAGCUUUUGGAAGAUACCUCAUGUCCAAGCCAUAACCCAGGGAUUGUAAAGUCUCUCCUGGACUUGGAGUUCAGCAGGAGCCAGGCCUUUAGCCUGUGUCUCUGAGACAUGGAUGGAGGCUCCUGUCACAGGUGGGGCAGGGCUAGAGAAGUGGCAUUGCUGACUGUGAUUCACCUUUUCCUGACUCAGGGCUGUUUCCCAUCCCUGGGGCCUCUUCCCAGCCCCUGCUAAAGCCCCUAGGAUUAUCUAGGGGACCAUAUCUAGCUGGGACCAUAGCAAGGAUCUAGAAGAGGUUUGUUCAGGCCCGUCCCAAACACGGGUGAAGAGAAAGACAGUGCUAACAUCCUUAAGCUGCUGAGUCAGCUGGAUGACUGGACCUUGGGCCCCUCAUGCCAUGACACCCCCCCAAAGGUGGUUCUGGGAGGAGUGGGAAAGCAGAUGUGUAGCCUUGCCUUCCCCAGGAGUAAACCCCAUUUGUUUAUUCAUUCAUUCAGAGAUAUCCUGUCUGUGCCUGCCCAAAGCUGAGUGCAGGGGAUCUAUCGCUUCAGCAGACAUUGAGCGUUUACUGUGUACGGGCAUUCAACUGUGCUGGGGAUACAAAAGAUCUUUCACUCAAGAUGUGGACAUUCCAGCAGGGGAAUCAGACAAUAUCCACUAAACGGCUGAAAGUCAACAGUAGGGUGUCUCAACAGUUGCAAAUACAUUAAGCAAAGAGGAAAAUCAGGCAGAGGAGCUCAGGAGAGUCAGAUCAGGACUGGAAAAUUUAGGUCAGAGAAUGGGAGGCUGAGGCAGGAGGAUCACAAGUUCAGCCAGCCUGGACAAUGGAGGGAGACCCUGUUUCAAAAUAAAAUAAAUAAAUAAAAAGAGCUGGGGAUGUGGUUCAGUGGGUAGAGUGCUUGCCCCAGUGUCAAUCACCAGUACCCAAAAAAAAGAAAAAAAAAAAAAGGAGAGGGGAAUUCUCACAGAGAUUUAAAGGAGGUGAAGGAGGGGGCCAUAUGAGAAUCUGGGAAAAGAGAUUCCAGGCAGUUGGCAUAGCACAGUCAAAGGCCUGAGUCAGGAGAGUGCACAAGUGUGUCUGAAGCAACAAGAAGGCCAGUAGGGGUGGAGAGAGGUCAGGGAAGGAGUGGAAGGGCAGGUCUCAGAACUUGGGCUACUAUAUGGACUGUGACAUGUACUACUUUGAUUCCAGAGACAGCUAUGGAGGGAACCUGAGUAAAGGAGGGACCCAACACAACAGGUCUGAACAGGCCGCUCCAGGGGACAUGGGGGCUUGAGAGCAGGGGCAGGGCAGCCAGAUGGAGAGAUGCUAGGGAUGCAGAUAGGCAGGUGGGUGUGAGGUGGUGGGUGGCGGGCAGAUUCUGAAGAUGAGCCAGUAGGACUUGAGAAAGGCUCCCAGGGUCCUAUGAGGACUUGAGCCGGACUAGUCUGAGUUCUGACCUGGGUCAGAGGCGGCAUAGGAAGGACUGAGAGAGUGGAGGAUCACCUAGGGUCCCAGCUGGGCCAGCAAUGCAGCCAGCCUCAGGACCCCCGGGAGGACUGCUGUGGUCUCUGUUCUGAUGGGGCAUCAAGGGAGUUGGAAAUGCAGGAUGUCCCAAGGCUGUGGUAAGGGCUUCCUCUGGGCAUGAGAAGCCCCUCAGAGCUCUCUAGGUGGGGGCAGGUGGGGUCCUGAGUAUCAACAGAGUCAGGGUCUUAAGGCAUGAGGAUGAGAGGACCUGGCAUGGAGCUACCUUAAAUUCUGAUCUCUCACUGACCUUAGGCUAGGCUUUGAGCUUCAUUCCUCCCAGGAUCAACCACAGGACAGAUGUGAGGCCAGUGUAGGAUAUAGGCAAUCUGAGAGGGGAGUGGAAAGAGGAAGGGGUGAGAUUCUGUCUGCCACCUGACUAUGCAAAUGGACUCUGACUCAUUACACACCAUCUGCCCUCCCUAAGCUGGGGGUAAGGAGGGGAGCUACUAGGCUGUAGUGAAAUUCUCACUUCCUCUCCUUUCCUGUACCCUAAGUGUGAGAAGCACCCUCAUCUGCAGUUACUUCCCAGUCAGCCGGCCAGACCCUCUGGAGAAGCUCUCACUCUCCAACAUGGGUCCCUGCCCCAGGGUCCUGCACCCCCUGUCUCUCUUGGUGCAGGCUGCAAUGCUGGCUGUGGCCUUGGCCCUGGGUGCUCUGCCUGCCUUCCUGCCCUGCGAGUUCCAGCAGGGUAGUCUGGUGGACUGCAACUGGCUGUUCCUGAAGUCCGUGCCCCACUUCUCUGCAGCAGCACCCCGUGGUAAUGUCACCAGCCUUUCCUUGAUCUCCAAUCGCAUUCACCACCUCCAUAACUUUGACUUUGUCCACCUGCCUAACCUGCGGCGUCUCAACCUCAAGUGGAAUUGCCCCCCGAUCAGCUUCAGCCCCAUGCACUUUCCCUGCCACAUGACCAUUGAGCCCCAAACCUUCCUGCAUGCAACCAAACUGGAAGACCUGAACCUGAGCUACAACAGCAUCACCACUGUGCCCGCCCUGCCCAAAUCCCUAGUAAACCUGACCCUGAGCCACACCAACAUUCUGGCACUAGACCAUACUAGCUUUGCUGGCCUGCAUGCCCUGCGCUUUCUGUACAUGGAUGGCAACUGCUACUACAGUAACCCAUGCAGCGGAGCAGUGGAGGUGGCUCCAGAUGCAUUUCUUAGCCUGCGCAAACUCACCCACCUGUCGCUUAAGUAUGACAAUCUCACAGCAGUCCCCCGCAACCUGCCUCCCAGUCUGGAGUACCUGUUUCUAUCCUACAACCACAUUGUCAAACUGACAAGUGAGGACCUGGCCAAUCUGACUGCCCUUCGAGUGCUUGAUGUAGGUGGGAACUGCCGCCGCUGUGACCAUGCCCGCAACCCCUGUGUGGAGUGCCCUAACGUCUCUCUCCAACUGGAUCCUGACACCUUCAGCAAACUAAGUCAUCUUGAAGGCUUGGUGUUGAAGGACAGUUCUCUCUAUACACUUGAUAGCUCAUUGUUCCAAGGUCUCAGAAACCUCACUGUGUUAGACUUGAGUGAAAACUUUCUCUACGAAUGCAUCACCAAUACCUCGGCCUUCCGGAACCUGACACAGUUGAGCAAGCUCAACCUGUCCUUCAAUUACUGCAAGAGGGUGUCCUUUGCCCACCUGCAUCUGGAAGACUCCUUUAAGAACCUGAUCUCACUGCAGGAGCUGAACAUGAACGGCAUCUUCUUCCGAUCACUCAAUGAGAACACGCUUAAGCCGUUGACCCAUCUGCCCCUUCUCCACACACUGCAUCUACAAAUGAACUUCAUCAACCGGGCCCAGCUCAGCAUCUUCGGGGCCUUCCCUGGCCUGCACUUUGUCGAUCUUUCAAACAACCGCAUUAGUGGAGCUUCAAAGCUGACAAUCACCACUGGGGAGGCAAAUGAUUGGAAGCAAGUCCAAAUGUGGUCUAGGGAUCUCGCUCCAGCCCCACUGGACAGCUCCAGCUCUGAAGAUUUCAUGCCUAGUUGCAGGUCCCUCAAAUUCAUUUUGGACCUGUCUAGGAACAACCUGGUGACAAUCCAGCCAGAGAUGUUUUCCAACCUCUCACACCUCCAGUGCCUCAGCCUGAGCCACAAUAACAUUGACCAGGCAGUCAAUGGCUCAGAGUUCCGGCUGCUGACUAGUCUUCAGGUGCUGGAUCUUUCCCAUAACAAAGUGGACCUGUACCAUGGGCGCUCGUUCACAGAGCUGCCGAACCUGAAGGCUCUGGAUCUCAGCUACAACAGCCAGGCCUUCAGCAUGCAGGGUGUAGGCCACAACCUUAGCUUUGUGGCCCAGCUGCACACCCUGCAAUUCCUCAGCCUGGCACACAAUAACAUCCACAGUCGUGUGUCACAGAAGCUCAGCAGCACCUCACUGCAGGCCCUGGACUUCAGUGGCAACGCUGUGAGCCAUAUGUGGGGUGAGGGAGACCUCUAUCUCCAUUUCUUCCAAGGUCUGAGAGGUUUGCUUCGGCUGGACCUGUCCCAGAAUCUCCUGCAUACCCUCUUGCCCCGCUACCUGGACAACCUCCCCAAGACUCUGCAGCUGCUGCGUCUCAGUCACAAUUAUCUGGCCUUCUUCAACUGGAGCUGCCUGGCCCUCCUGCCCAAUCUGAAAGCCCUGGACCUGGCAGGAAACCAGCUGAAGGCCCUGAGCAAUGGCAGCCUGCCCAAUGGAACACAGCUCCAGAGGCUAGACCUCAGCAGCAACAGGAUAAGCUCUGUGGACCCAGGUUUCUUUGCCCUGGCAGUGGAGCUGAAAGAGGUCAACCUCAGCCACAAUGCCCUCAAGACGAUUGAGUCUUCCUGGUUUGGGCCACUGACCUAUUACCUGAAAACAUUAGAUGUGAGUGCCAACCCUUUGCACUGUGCCUGUGGGGCGGCCUUCGUGGACUUCCUGCUGGAGGUACAGAACGCUGUGCCAGGUCUGCCCAACCUUGUGAAGUGUGGCAGCCCGGGACAGCUGCAGGGAAAGAGCAUCUUCGCGCAGGACCUGCGCCUCUGUUUGGAUGAGAGGCUCUCCUGGACUUGCUUCGGCUUCUCGCUGCUGGCUGUGGCUCUGGGUCUGACUGUGCCUGUGCUACAGCACCUCUGUGGCUGGGACCUCUGGUACUGCUUCCACCUGGGCCUGGCCUGGCUUCCCCUGCGGCGCGGCACCCGCGCCCUGCCCUACGAUGCCUUCGUGGUCUUCGACAAGGCGCAGAACGCGGUGGCUGACUGGGUGUACAAUGAGCUGCGGGUGAGGCUAGAGGAGCGUCGCGGACGCCGCGCGCUCCGUCUUUGCCUGGAGGAGCGGGAUUGGCUGCCGGGCAAAUCACUCUUCGAGAACCUGUGGGCCUCGGUCUAUGGUAGCCGAAAGACUCUCUUUGUGCUGGACCACACAGAUCGGGUCAGUGGCCUCUUGCGCACCAGCUUCCUGCUAGCCCAGCAGCGCCUGCUGGAGGACCGCAAGGAUGUGGUGGUGUUGGUGAUCCUGCGCCCGGACGCCCGCCGCUCCCGCUACGUGCGCCUGCGCCAGCGCCUCUGCCGCCAGAGCGUCCUCUUUUGGCCCCACCAGCCCAGUGGUCAGGGCAGCUUCUGGGCUCAGUUGAGCACGGCUCUGACCAGGGACAACCGCCAUUUCUAUAACCGGAAUUUCUGCCAGGGACCCACUGCCGAAUAGCGUGGAGCUUCAGUGGGGUGGGGCCUCACCUCUAGACCUCUCUGCCUGGGAAGCCCAAGCUGCCUCUCUAGGCACCUCAACUGCUUUGCUCCCCACCCGCACGCGAGACCCAGGCAGGCAAUCAAUAUGCUACCAAGCAGAGUGAUGUAGCCCGUACCUGUAAUCCCAGCUCCGCGGAGGGUAGAGGCAGGAGGAUUGCAAGUUGAGGCCAACCUGAGCAGCAUAGUGAGACCUUGUCUCAA